CCUCAGCGGGGUGCCGGUGCCAUGGCCGCGGGCGAGGGGGCGGCGCUGCCAGCGGGCCCGGCCGAGCCCAACCCCUUCUCCUUCCACGAGUUCGUCCGCAGCCGCAGCGGCGAGGAGGCGGGCGGCACCCGCCAGGCGGCGCGGCCCAGCCCGGCCCUCGGCCCCGUGCAGUUCCCGGUGCCGUCCGGAGAGGUGGAGGAGGAGGAGGAAGAGGAGGAAUGGAGCGGGAGCUACCAGCCCUCGGCCGUGGAGCAGGCCUACCUUGGUCCCACCGGUUCCCUGGCGGCGCCCCUGGGCCUCCCCGCCCCGCGGCAGCUGAGCUACGAGGAGCUAAAAGAAGAGAACGCCAGCUUAAGAAGCAAGAUCAAUAAGCUUCAGAUUUUCUCUGAAACUCAAGCAGACAAGCUGAGGCAGCUUGAAAAAAAGCUGGAGGAGAACAAAAUUAAAGAAGAAAAAGAAGCGCAGGAUUUGGAAGCGAUGGUGCAGCACGUGGAGCAAAAUCUCCAGCUGAUGACUAAACGGGCUGUUAAAGCAGAGAACAGCGCUACAAAACUGAAACAAGAAAAUGCACUACUUCAGGUGCAGCUGAACAAUUACAAGACAGAGAACGAAGCGCUGAGAUCGGGGCAGAUGGCAAGUCUGGCUGUGGUGAAACAAAACGCAGACCUCGCCCUGCAGAACCUCCUCACCGUCCUGACAACCUCUCGCUCCUCCAUCAAGCAGCUGCUUUCCGGAGCAGAGUCGCUGCAGCUAGUUGCAGAUCUCCUGAAAUCAAUAGACAGGAUCUCCGAAGUGUCGGAAGAUGGACAAUAGAACUGUGGAACGGACUUGAAUGCAGAACUUUUACUUUUGUGCAGAAAUCCUUGCUUAAAACUCAUUUUGUGGUAUUCAGGCUCGUGUGAAGCUGUCAGUGCUGCACAGCUGGCUUCUCCAUCCCUGCCCACCGGGCAGCCACAUCCACCAGGUCGCUAAAUUGGACGGGACAAGCGUUCGUCUUUUUCCUGCAGGGACUGGGAUCCCCACUCCCUUGCACCCCUGACUAUGCUGGGGACCCCGCACAGCAGCCCCGGUCUUUGGGGGCUCCCUGCCCGGAGAAUGUGAAGGGUUUGUGUGGUCUCGGUGCGGUUGGGGCGCGCCCUCGGCAGCCGUCCCGUUCUCCUGGUGCGGGUGCUGGGUAAUGGGGACCGCGGCGCCGUUAACGCCGGUGGAGGUGGGAGCAGGGACCCGGGAGCGGCCUUUUUCGGGCCGCGCGCAGCGAGUCCCGCGCGGAUUGGCCGGAGGGUGU